AUGUACACACCAUCCGGAUUCAAGAAUAUCGACUGGAGAACUUAUAUCAUCUAUGGUGUCUUUUGCUUUGCCAUGGCUGUUCAUGUGUUUUUCGGAUUCCCAGAAACUAGAGGUAAGAGAUUGGAAGAAAUUGGACAAAUGUGGGCCGAGAAGGUUCCAGCUUGGAGAUCAGGCUCAUGGCAGCCAACUAUUCCAUUGGUAUCCGAUGUUGAGUUGGCUAGAAAGUUGAGUGUUGAACAUAAUGAAGAAAAAUUGAUGGAAGAAGAUUCCAACACUGAUGAAGAGCAAAGAUAG